CAUGGCAUCUCCCAUGCAAGUUGGGGUUCCCUCUUGUCUCUGGCUUCAUAGACUCCAGUGUAGGGUCAGUGGGCCACCCAAGCUAGAGAGGCAGGGAGGAGGUUGGGCGCCACUUGUGCUGCUGCCAUCCCGCGGGAUGCAGACCCAGGGCAGCCAGGUCUUCCAGGUUUGUCAGUAGAUCCCAGGGACACGGAUUUUUGAAAUAAAAUCUCCCAAGUUUUUGAUAUUGGCAGUUAAUUAAAAAAAAUUGAAGAUCACUGUCCAGAUGAAACAUUUCUCGAACUAGAGCCUGGUGCCAUGGAGGUUAGAAGCCAUUACAUAGCAGUUGUGAGACCUCAGUUUCCUCAUCUGCAAAGUGGGAAUAAUAACAGUACUGAUUCAUAAGUACUCAUGAUUACACGAGUUAACAUGGGAAGCACCUAGGCCCAACUGUGUAAGUACCGAUGACUCUUCAUCUUGCCCAAAGCUGCCCAUCUAUCCCCUGCCAGGUGACCUCUGAAUGGCACUUUCUGCCAGCCAAAGCCUCCAGUUCUCCCUGUGAGGCCCCCUUGGGAUAGCUCUGAGGGUGUUAGAAGGCAGGGAAAUGUUCACCCCUUGGGCCCCUGGGGGAGGAAGAGGCGCAAAGAGGCAGAGCUGGGAGGGCGGGCCUAGCCGGUGCCUGGUACAUAGUAGGUGCUCCAUAAAUGUUUAUUGAAUGAAUGAAUGGAGGCCAUGCAGGCAGAGGCAGCCGUGCGUGCGCAGGCACUGGUGAAAGAGCGGGUCCAGUGGAGACUGGAACCAGGUGCCGAUGGGUCUCUCCCUUCCUGCCCUCAUCUCUCUCGCUCCCUGCCAGCACUGCACGCUCCAGCCUCCUGUGGGAAUCAUCUGAAGCUCUGAGCCCAGAAGCCAGAGAGGAAGAGGAAGAGGAAAUCUAGACCAGAAAAGCUGAGAACCUUCCCCGUAGGAGACAAGGAGCAGGCUGUGGGCCCCCAUCUCUACCGUGUGUCGCCUGCCCUAGCACCCCAGCAGUUGGCACUGGUGGUGCCUGCCUCACCUGGGGUACCCUGUGCUGGGGGUCGCCCCCAAGAUGGUGGCGGCCCCGAGGAGGACUGUGCUGCUAUCCACAGCCUCCAGCCACUAGGCCUCCAGCGCCCCGGCCCCUCACCCCAGGCCCGGCCUGUCGGAGGGCCGAGGCCGGCGCCAUGCUGCGCCUGGGGCUGUGCGCAGCGGCACUGCUGUGCGUGUGUGGGCCGGGUGCUGUGCGCUCCGACUGCUGGCUCAUCGAGGGUGACAAGGGCUAUGUGUGGCUGGCCAUCUGCAGCCAGAACCAGCCACCCUAUGAGACCAUUCCGCAGCACAUCAACAGCACCGUGCAUGACCUGCGGCUCAACGAGAACAAACUAAAAGCCGUGCUCUACUCCUCACUCAACCGCUUCGGGAACCUCACCGACCUCAACCUCACCAAGAAUGAGAUCUCCUACAUCGAGGACGGUGCCUUCCUGGGCCAGUCCAGCCUGCAGGUCCUGCAGCUGGGUUACAACAAGCUCAGCAACCUGACUGAAGGCAUGCUGCGGGGCAUGAGCCGCCUGCAGUUCCUCUUCGUCCAGCACAACCUCAUCGAGGUGGUCACACCCACGGCCUUCUCCGAGUGCCCUAGCCUCAUCAGCAUCGACCUGUCCUCCAACCGCCUCAGCCGCCUGGAUGGCGCCACCUUUGCCAGCCUGGCCAGUCUGAUGGUGUGCGAGCUGGCCGGCAACCCCUUCAACUGUGAGUGCGACCUCUUCGGCUUCUUGGCCUGGCUCGUGGUCUUUAACAACGUCACCAAGAACUACGACCGCCUGCAGUGCGAGUCGCCCCGAGAGUUCGCCGGCUACCCGCUGCUGGUGCCCCGGCCCUACCACAGCCUCAAUGCCAUCACCGUGCUCCAGGCCAAGUGCCGCAAUGGCUCUCUGUCUGCCCGGCCUGUGAGCCACCCCACACCCUAUUCCACGGAUGCCCAGAGGGAGCCUGAUGAGAACUCGGGCUUCAACCCCGAUGAGAUCCUUUCAGUGGAGCCGCCGGCCUCGUCUACCACAGAUGCGUCUGCAGGGCCAGCCAUCAAGCUGCACCAUGUCACCUUCACCUCGGCCACCCUUGUGGUCAUCAUCCCACACCCCUACAGCAAGAUGUACGUUCUGGUUCAGUACAACAACAGCUACUUCUCCGACGUCAUGACGCUGAAGAACAAGAAGGAGAUCGUGACGCUGGAUAAGCUGCGGGCGCACACCGAGUACACCUUCUGCGUGACCUCGCUGCGCAAUAGCCGCCGCUUCAACCACACCUGCCUGACCUUCACCACGCGGGACCCGGUGCCUGGCGACAUGGCGCCCAGCACCUCCACCACAACCCACUACAUCAUGACCAUCCUGGGCUGCCUCUUCGGCAUGGUCAUUGUGCUGGGGGCUGUCUACUACUGCCUGCGCAAGCGGCGUAUGCAGGAGGAGAAGCAGAAGUCAGUCAACGUCAAGAAGACCAUCCUGGAGAUGCGCUAUGGGGCUGAUGUGGACGCUGGCUCCAUUGUGCAUGCCGCCCAGAAGCUGGGAGAGCCCCCUGUGCUGCCCGUGUCCCGCAUGUCCUCCAUCCCCUCCAUGAUCGGGGAGAAGUUGCCUGCUGCCAAGGGUCUGGAGGCUGGGCUGGACACGCCCAAGGUGGCCACCAAAGGCAACUAUAUUGAGGUGCGCACGGGCACUGGGGGGGAUGGCCUGCCUCGCCCUGAGGAUGAACUCCCUGACCUUGAGAACGGCCAGGGCUCGGCUGCAGAGAUCUCCACCAUCGCCAAGGAGGUGGACAAAGUCAACCAGAUCAUUAACAAUUGCAUUGAUGCCCUCAAGCUGGACUCAGCCUCUUUCCUGGGGGGCGGCAGCAGCAGUGGGGACCCUGAGCUGGCCUUUGAGUGCCAGUCCCUCCCUGCAGCUACUACCACCUCCUCAGCUGCUGCCCCUGGGGCGCUUGAGAGGCCCAGCUUCCUCUCACCGCCCUACAAGGAGAGCUCUCACCAUCCACUACAGCGCCAGCUGAGCGCCGAUGCCGCUGUGACCCGCAAGACCUGCAGUGUGUCAUCCAGUGGCUCUAUCAAGAGUGCCAAGGUCUUCAGCCUGGACGUGCCCGACCACCCAGCCACCACAGGACUGGCCAAAGCUGACUCCAAGUACAUCGAGAAGGGCAGUCCCCUGAACAGCCCGCUGGACCGGCUCCCGCUGGUUCCGGCAGGCAGCAGCGGGGGCAGCAGCGGGGGUGGGGGCAUCCACCACCUGGAGGUGAAGCCGGCCUACCACUGCAGCGAGCACCGGCACAGCUUCCCCGCUCUGUACUACGAGGAGGGCACCGACAGUCUGAGCCAGCGUGUGUCCUUCCUCAAGCCGCUGACCCGCUCCAAGCGUGACUCCACCUACUCACAGCUCUCCCCCAGACACUACUACUCAGGGUACUCCUCCAGCCCCGAGUACUCAUCCGAGAGCACACACAAGAUCUGGGAGCGCUUCCGGCCCUACAAGAAGCACCACCGGGAGGAGGUGUACAUGGCCGCUGGCCACGCCCUGCGCAAGAAGGUCCAGUUCGCCAAGGAUGAGGACCUGCAUGACAUCCUCGAUUACUGGAAAGGGGUCUCAGCCCAGCAGAAGCUGUGACCCUCUUCUCCCUGGUGAGGUUGGAGCUGGAGGGUUAGGGCCAUUGAGGGAAGGGCCCGGGCAGCCAGGGCAGGGAGCAGACUAGGGGACCGGGGCCGCGAAGUGGACGCACACGCACACCCGCACGCACGCACCCACGCACACACCUGACCACCACCUGACUGUGAACAAACCAACAUCCAACAAUAACGGACAGGAAAACAAAGACACAUUUUCCUUAAAGUUUACAAACUGAUACCGAAACCAGUCGUCUUUACUGUGCUGCCCAGGGACUCUGCUGGGGUGCGUGGGGCUGGGGGACGGCAGGAGGUAGGCAAGGAAGCCAGAAGAGGGUGUUGGGUGUGGGGUUCUGGGGCUAGGGCCAGGUUUGGGGGCAAAGGAGGCAGGGGUAGAGAGGGACUGAAGCCCCUCUGGAGCAGGGAGAGGACUUCCCCAGCUAGGGGAUAGGAGGCAAUGUAGAUGUAGUACCAGAUGGACAUUGGGCAUUGAGUCCCUCUACUUUAGGGAUGGAGAAGCCGAGGCCCAGGGAAGGGAAGUGCUAACCCUGGGUCAUGCAGCAGGUUAGUCUCCAGUCUCCCCACUUCCCAGUCCAGAGCUAGCCUUGGUCCCCAGCAGCUCCCUGGGCCUCCCAUUGUCCCACCACCACCUUCAGAAGCUGUGACCCCCUGGGGGCUGAGGAACUUGAGAGUCAGGCAGGUGUUUUUCCUUUUUUUUCAAAAAAAAGGAUGGGAGGUGGGCCGGGGGUGGGGACGGCCCACGGCCGUGUCUAGUGUGUGAUUUGCAGUUCUGGGGGGGCCCUUGCUCCCCCACCAGCGCCUAAGAGAGGAGAAGAGGGGCCUCACUGACAGAGAAGGAGCCCAGACAAGGAGACAUCCUGCCAACCCCUUCAAGUGUCUUCCAGGGGGCCUGGGGAGCUGUCUAUGGGGUCUGAGGAGAGGGGUGUUGUGGGCUUGGCAUCUCAGGUGCAGGCCCCUGUACCUCCAGCCCCCAGCUUCCCUGGUCCUCCGGGACCCCUGCCCACCCAAGAAGGGCAGCAGUGCACUGUGAUGCCAGGGACAGCAGGGAUGGCUGUAAUGGGGACUCAGUGCCUGGGACCCACAUCCUGGGACCUCAGAGCAGAGUCUUGGGGCUUCUCUGCCCACCCCUCUAGGCUGCCCAUCCCUGCGUCACCUCCUGGCCAGAGGGGCUCCCACGUUUCCAUGGAAAUGGAGAUGCCCCUUUCUCUGACCCCCACCCAACAUCCAACAAAGCACAAACAGUGAGGUCCCCACCCACAGGGGUGGGGCGCCCCUCCCCCCCCAGCCGCCUCUGUCACCAUGGCAACCUGGUGCCUGGCAGUUGGUGCCCAGAGCAACCGUUGGGCUCUGGGGCUUCUCUCAGUGUGGGCGGCAGAGGGGUGAGGGCAGGGAGGGCCAGACAGAGGCUGCCUGUCUCAAGAGCAGGGGUUUCCUGGGGCCAGAGGUGGGGGGGACAAAUUGGGGUCCUAAGACUUGGGGUUGUAGAUAGUCAGAAUCUGAGGGGCCAGAGUCCAUCACUCCCUUACAUUUGGAUGGGAGGUGGGCCAGGGAGUGGAGAUGGCCUACUGGGCAACUUUGCCUACCUACCGUGUAUCCCUGGGCUCCCCUCCACCUUGGGAUGGGGGGGCCCUCAGCUCUCUCCCACCCCUGCUGGAGAGCCCCAGUUCCUGUACCUCAUGUGGGUAUCUUGAGAUCUGGGGAGUGUAGCCUGAGGGGUGAGGUGGACUGGGGUGGAACUAAGACCUUUACUGGGGGUCUCUGACCAGGCAAGCUAGUGCCAUCCCAUGGU